UGUGCCUGGAGGGGACCCGCCGCCAUCUCCGGUUUCUUGGCUUCGCCAGGGCCCACCGGAGAGAGCUGACACCCGGGUCCUAUAAUCCUUAUGGGGGACCAACCUUGUGCCUCCGGGAGAUCCACGCUCCAGCCUGGAAACACGCGGGAAAUCAAGCCUCCAAAAAAGCGCUGCCGCCUAGCUCCACGUUGGGAUUAUCCAGAAGGAACCCCCAACGGAGGUAGUACCCCUCUCCCUUCCACACCUCCUCCAGCAUCACCGGGCCUGAAGUCGCACCCACCUUCUCCAGAGAAAUAGUACAAUAUACUUCUCUCAACCCAAACCAGUCUUUGAGGGUAUGACUCCAUUUACUUGGUGCAUCCAUACAAUAGUUAUUCAGUGAAGACAAUGAAGAUUAUUGACAACGCUACCCUGCUUUUCUGAUGUCCUGCUUCAGGAAGUUGUGAUUUUUAAGCCAUGUGGAUGAAAGACUCUAGGUGCUGCAGCCAGGAGUCAGUGCUGUGCCUCGGACGUGGGAGAGCCAACUUCAAGACACUGGUCCACAAGAGACCUCUCAGCUCCACAUAUCAAAUGGCAAAAAUCUCCCAGAGAUCUGCAUCUCAACACCAACACCCAGCUUCAUUCAAAGAAAGGCAAGCUACAGUGCUGUACACCCUAUGACAAACAACUAGCAAGACAGGGACACAAAUCCACCCAUUAGCAGAGAGGCUGCCUAAAAUCAUAAUAAGGCCACAGACACCCCAAAUCACACCACCAGACGUGGACCAGCCCACAAGAAAGACAAGAUUCUGCCUCAUCCAACAGAACACAGGCACUAGUCCCCUCCACCAGAAAGCCUACAUAACCCACUGAACCAAACAUAGCGACUGGGAGCAGACACCAAAAACAAAGGGAACUACUGCAGGCUGCCAAAAGGCGACCCCAAACACAGGAAGAGAAGCAAAAUGAGAAAACAGAAAAACACACAGCAGAGGAAGGAGUAAGAUAAAAACCCACCAGACCUAACAAAUGAAGAGGAAAUAGGCAGUCUACCUCAAAAAGAAUUCAAAAUAAUGAAAGUAAAGAUGAUCCAAAAUCUUGGAAAUAUAAUAGAGAAAAUGCAAGAAACAUUUAACAAGGACCUAAAAGAACUAAAGAGGAAACAAGCAAUGAUGAACAACACAAUAAAUGAAAUUUAAAAUACUCUAGAAGGGAUCAGUAGCAGAAUAAUGGAGGCAGAAGAACGGAUAAGUGACCUGGAAGGUAAAUAGUGGAAAUAACUACUGCAGAGCCGGAUAAAGAAAAAAUAAUGAAAACAACUGAGGACAGUAUCAGAGACCUAUGGGACAACAUUAAAUGCACCAACAUUCAAAUUAUAGGGAUAACAGAAGAAGAAGAGAAAAACAAAGGGACUGAGAAAAUAUUUGAAGAGAUUAUAGUUGAAAACUUCCCUAAUAUGCGAAAAGAAAUAGUUCAUCAAGUCCAGGAAGGACAGAAUGUCCCAUACAGGAUCAAUCCAAGGAGAAACACGACAAGACACAUAUUAAUCAAACUAUCAACACUUAAAUACAAGGAAAACAUAUUAAAAGCAGCAAGGGAAAAACAACAAAAAACACAGAAGGGAAUCCCCAUAAGGUUAACAGCUGAUCUUUCAGCAGAAACUCUGCAAGCCAGAAAGGAGUGGCAAGACAUAUUUAAAGUGAUGAAGGAGAAAAACCUACAACCAAGAAUACUCUACCCAGCAAGGAUCUCAUUCAGAUUUGAUGGAGAAAUUAAAAACUUUACAGACAAGGAAAAGCUGAGAGAGAUCAGCACCACCAAACUAGCUUUACAACAAAUGCUAAAGAAACUUCUCUAGGCAAGAAAUACAAGAGAAGGAAAAUACCUACAAUAACAAACACAAAACAAUUAAGAAAAUGGGAAUAAGAACAUACAUAUCAAUAAUUACCUUAAAAAAAUAAUAAUUACCUUAAAUGUAAAUGGAUUAAAUGAUCCCACCAAAAGACACAGACUGGCUGAAUGGAUACAAAAACAAGACUCAUGUAUAUGCUGUCUACAAGAGACCCACUUAAGACCUAGGGACACGUACAGACUGAAAGAGAGGGGAUGGAAAAAGAUAUUCCAUGCAAAUGGACAUCAAAGGAAAGCUGGAGUAGCAAUUCUCAUAUCACACUAAAUAGACUUUAAAAUAAAGACUAUUAGAAGAGAUAAAGAAGGACAAUACAUAAUGUUCAAGGGAUCAAUCCAAGAAGAAGAUAUACUAAUUGAAAAUAUUUAUGAAACCAACAUAGGAGCACUUCAAUACAUAAGGCAAACACAGCCAUAAAAGGGGAAAUCAACAGUAACACAUUCAUAGUAGGGGACUUUAACACCCCACUUUCACCAAAGGACAGAUCAUCCAAAAUGAAAAUGAAAAAGGAAACACAAGCUUUAAAUGAUACAUUAAACAAGAUGGACUUAAUUGACAUUUAUAGGACAUUCCAUCCAAAAACAACAGAACACACAUUUUUCUCAAGUGCUCAUGGAAUAUUCUCCAGGAUAGAUCAUAUCUUGGGUCACAAAUCCAGUCUUGGUAAAUUUAAGAAAAUUGAAGUUGUAUCAAGUAUCUUUUCUGACCACAACGCUAUGAGACUAGAUAUCAAUUACAGGAAAAUAUAUGUAAAAAAUAAAAACACAUGGAGGCUAAACAAUACACUACUUAUUAACUAUGUGAUCACUGAAGAAAUCAAAGAGGAAAUCAAAAAAUCCCUAGAAACAAAUGACAAUGGAGACACGAAGACCCAAAACCUAUGGGAUGCAACAAAACAGUUCUAAGAGGGAAGUUUAUAGCAAUACAAUACUACCUUAAGAAACAUGAAACAACUCGAAUAAACAACCUGACCUUGCACCUAAAGCAAUUAGAGAAAGAAGAACAAAAAGACCCAAAGUUAGCAGAAGGAAAGAAAUCAUAAAAAUCAGAUUCGAAAUAAAUGAAAAAGAAAUGAACCAAACGAUAGCAAAGAUCAAUAAAACUAAAAGCUGGUUCCUUGAGAAGAUAAACAAAAUUGAUAAACCAUUAGCCAGACUCAUCAAGAAAAAAAGGGAGAAGACCGAAAUCAAUAGAAUUACAAAAGAAAAAGGAGAAGUAACAACAGAUACUGCAGAAAUACAAAGAUCAUGAGAGGUUACUACAAGCAACUCUAUGCCAAUAAAAUGGACAACCUGGAAGAAAUGGACAAAUUCUUAGAAAUGCACAACCUGCCAAAACUGAAUCAGGAAGAAAUAGAAAAUUUGAACAGACCAAUCACAAGGACUAAAAUUGAAACUGUGGUUAAAAAUCUUCCAACAAGGGCUUCCCUGGUGGCGCAGUGGUUGAGAGUCCACCUGCCGAUGCAGGGGACGUGGGUUCGUGCCCUGGUCCGGGAGGAUCCCACAUGCCGCGGAGUGGCUGGACCUGUGAGGCUGGGCCCGUGAGCCAUGGUCAUUAAGCCUGCGCAUCCGGAGCCUGUGCUCCGCAACGGGAGUGGCCACAACAGUGAGAGGCCCGCGUAUCGCAAAAAAAAAAUCUUCCAACAAAACCCAAGAACCCGUUGGCUUCACAGGCAAAUUCUGUCAAACAUUUAGAGAAGAGCUAACACCUAUCCUUCUCAAACUCUUCCAAAAUAUGGCAGAGGGAGGAACACUCCCAAACUCAUUCAACAAGGCCACCAUCACCCUGAUACCAAAAUGAGAAAAUGAUGUCACAAAGAAAGAAAACUACAGGCCAAUAUCACUGAUGAACAUAGAUGCAAAAAUCCUCAACAAAAUACUAGCAAACAGAAUCCAACAGCACAUUAAAAGGAUCAUACACCAUGAUCAAGUGGGGUUUAUUCCAGGAAUGCAAGGAUUCUUCAAUAUAUGCAAAUCAAUCGUUGUGAAACACCAUAUUAACAAAUUGAAGGAGAAAAACCAUAUGAUCAUAUCAAUAGAUGCAGAGAAAGUUUUUGACAAAAUUCAACACCCAUUUAUGAUAAAAACCCUCCAGAAAGUAGGCGUAGCGGGAACAUUCCUCAACAUAAUAAAGGGCAUAUAGUACAAAUCCACAGCCAGCAUCAUCCUCAAUGGUGAAAAACUGAAAGAAUUUCCACUAAGAUCAGGGACAGCAAAAGGUCGCCCACUCUCACCACUCCUAUUCAACAUAGUUUUGGAAGUUUUACCCACAGCAAUCAGAGAAGAAAAGGAAAUAAAAGGAAUCCAAAUCGGAAAAGAAGAAGUAAAGCUGUCACUGUUUGCAGAUGACAUGAUACUAUACAUGGAGAAUCCUAAAGAUGCUACCAGAAAACUACUAGAACUAAUCAAUGAAUUUGGUAAAGUAGCAGGAAACAAAAUUAAUGCACAGAAAUCUCUGGCAGGCCUAUACACUAAUGAUGAAAAAUCUGAAAGUGAAAUCAAGAAAACACUCCCAUUUACCAUUGCAACAAAAGAAUAAAAUAUCUGGGAAUAAACAUACCUAAGGAGACAAAAGAACUGUAUGCAGAAAAUUAUAAGACACUGAUGAAAGAAAUUAAAGAUAAUACAAAUAGAUGGAGAGAUAUACCAUGUUCCUGGAUUGGAAGAAUCAACAUUGUGAAUAUGACUCUACCACCCAAAUCAAUCUACAGAUUCAAUGCAAUCCCUAUCAAACUACCACUGGCACUUUUCACAGAACUAGAACAAAAAAUUUCACAAUUUGUAUGGGAACACAAAAGACCCCGAAUAGCCAAAGCAAUUUGAGAACAAAAAACGGAGCUGGAGGAAUCAGGCUCCCUGACUUCACACUAUACUACAAAAUUACAGUAAUCAAGACAGUACGGUACUUGCACAAAAACAGAAAUAUAGGUCAAUGGAACAGGAUAGAAAGCCCAGAGAUAAACUCACGCACAUAUGGUCACCUUAUCUUUGAUAAAGGAGGCAGGAAUGUACAGUGGAGAAAGGACAGCCUCUUCAAUAAGUGGUGCUGGGAAAACUGGACAGCUACAUGUAAAAGUGUGAGAUUAGAUCACUCCCUAACACCAUACACAAAAGUAAGCUCAAAAUGGAUUAAAGACCUAAAUAUAAGGCCAGAAACUAUCAAAGUCUUAGAGUAAAACAUAGGCAGAACACUCUAUGACAUAAAUCACAGCAAGAUCCUUUUGGACCCACGUCCUAGAGAAAUGGAAAUAAAAACAAAAAUAAACAAAUGGGACCUAAUGAAACUUCAAAGCUUUUAUACAGCAAAGGAACCAUACACAACACCAAAAGAGAACCCUCAGGAUGGGAGAAAUUAUUUGCAACUUAAGCAACUGACUAAAAAUUAAUCUCCAAAAUUUAUAAGCAGUGCAUGCAGCUCAAUAACAAAAAACCAAACAGCCCAAUCCAAAAAUGGGCUGAAGACCUAAAUAGACAUUUCUCCAAAGUAGAUAUACAGACUGCCAACAAGCACAUGAAAGAAUGCUCAGCAUCAUUAUUCAUUAGAGAAAUGCAAAUCAAAACUACAAUGAGGUAUCAUCUCACACAGGUCAGAAUGGCCAUCAUCAAAAAAUCUAGAAACAAUAAAUGCUGGAGAGGGUGUGGAGAAAAUGGAACACUCUUGCACUGCUGGUGGGAAUGUGAAUUGGUACAGCCACUAUGGAGAACAGUAUGGAGGUUCCUUUAAAAAGUACAAAUAGAACUGCCAUAUGACCCACCAAUCCCACUACUCGGCAUAUACCCUGAGAAAACCAUAAUUCAAAAAGAGUCAUGUAACAAAAUGUUCAUUGCAGCUCUAUUUACAAUGGCCAGGAGAUGGAACCAACCUAAGUGUCCAUCAUCGGAUGAAUGGAUAAAGAAGAUGUGGCACAUAUAUACAAUGGAAUAUUACUCAGCCAUAAAAAGAAACGAAAUUGAGCUAUUUGUAAUGAGGUGGAUGGACCUAGAGUAUGUCAUACAGAGUGAAGUAAGUCAGAAAGAGAAAGACAAAUACCAUAUGCUGACACAUAUAUAUGGAAUUUAAGGGAAAAAAUGUCAUGAAGAACUUAGGGGUAAGACAGGAAUAAAGACACAGACCUACUUGAGAAUGGACUUGAGGAUAUGGGGAGGGGGAAUGGUAAGCUGUGACAAAGUGAGAGAGAGGCAUGGACAUAUAUACACUACCAAACGUGUGGUAGAUAGCUAGUGGGAAGCAGCCUCAUAGCACAGGGAGAUCAGCUCGGUGCUUUGUGACCGC